ACUUAAGUAAGACUGAGCCUAGUUUCACAAUUUAGGGUUUAGCUGUUUUGGGGUUUUGGAUAGAGAAGAAGAAGAAGAGUGGAGAAAGAAAGAAGCACAAAAAUCAGAGCGUCCACAAUAAUAAACAGGAAUGGAGCACGGUUCAGUGAGGGAUCCAAGCAGCGCAACCUUCUGUUUUGUAGACGAAGAUCAUACUCUCGCAAACUCUGUCAGAUUCGCCUUGAAUCAAGAUCCAAGGGUAUCAUUCUGUGGAUACAGCAUUCCUCAUCCUUCUGAUGCUAAGGUUAAUAUUCGAGUACAGACUACAGGUGAUCCAGCUAGGGAGGUGUUGAAGGAUGCAUGUCAGAAUUUGAUGGUGAUGUGCCAGCAUGUCAGGAGCACUUUGGACAAGGCUGUUGAUGAUUAUAGAAGCAAUCCCACAGAUAUGGAUACAAAAUAAUGGUUGAGAUUGAUGUAACCGACUGAGAUCUUGACAUGUAACCUACUUUUUAUGAGUGUAGCUGAAUAUAUUUGAUCUAAUUUAGUCAGUGAUUCUUAUA